CGAGAAGAGCCCAAAACGAACUCCUCGGCGACUAGUCGAAACCGGAGGAGCCGAUUGAUCCAACCAUGGAGCAGAAUGGCGGCGUCAGAAUUCAUGUCGGAGGAUUGGGAGAAAGCGUUAACAGAGACGAUCUUCUCAAGAUAUUCUCUCCAAUGGGAUCCGUCGAAGCCGUCGAUUUCGUCAGGACCAAGGGCCGCUCCUUCGCCUACAUCGAUUUCUCCCCCUCCUCCGACAAUUCCCUUACCAAGCUAUUCUCCAUGUACAAUGGAUGUGUUUGGAAGGGCGGGAAACUGCGGCUUGAGAAAGCUAAGGAGCAUUAUCUGGCGAAGUUGAGGCGCGAGUGGGAGAAGUGUUCCGAUGAUAACACCAGUUGCCUUCCACAGCCACCGCCUUUGACUUCCGACACUUCCGACGACAGUCACCUGAAGAUAUUCUUUCCCAGACUCAGAAAGAUGAAAUCUGUGCCUCUCACUGGGACUGGCAAACAUAAGUAUAGCUUCCAGCGUGUGCAAAUACCAUCCUUGCCAAAGUAUUUUUGUGACUGUGAGGAGCACGCUACAUCUCACACUCUGCAGGGGAACCGAUGUCAUGAUGUAGAAUCACAUCACGCGGGAAUAAACGAGGAAGAGCUGAAUAUUAUGAACACGGUGAUGAAUAGACUCUUUCAGGCAAACGGGGAAUGGGAAACAGGGGGUUUUGUAGAAAACAAAAAGGACAGUGACAUUGAAGAAGAUGACCAAGAUAACCUCGUCAUCAAUGUGGUAUCUAGUGUGAAUUCUAUUUUAACCUUGUCGACAAACAGGGAUCUGGAGACAGUCUCGAGAAAACGGAAAUCCAUACACAAGGAGACACAAGAAACUAGAGAAGGAUAUAUUCAAGGAAAGAAAAGGAAUUGUGGUCAUCCAAGCAAGUUAAAGCAAUAUAUGCCGCAGAUACCAGAAAACAGUGGUCCUUCAAAAAUGGAUGCAGAUAACUCCUUGGUCGGAUCAAGUAGACAGGUAUCAGAUGUCAACCGCUCAAACAGCUCUGUUUCCCGCCCUCAAAAGUCUUCCUGGAAAGCACUUAUAGCGAGUGCAAAUAAUAGCAGCUUUAGUGUAUCCAGUGUCUGUUCAGACUCUGCUAUUAGCAAAGAAGGGCAUCAUACAUCAAGCAACUCAGAUUUUGUUAACUUGCCCACUGAAGAAACUCUGAAUUUAAAGGAAGCGGGUGCAUCAGAAAUGGAAGGAUCGGCAGCCAAAAGUAUUGUCAAGAAGCAGAAAAGUAAAUCGAAAAUGCCGAGGAAGUCAGCUUCAGCAAAUAGAACUGAGAGGAUUGAGUCUACACCUGUAGUCCUCGCUAAUGUGGAAUCUGAGCUCGCGGAAGUUGAAUCAAGUGUCAGGUACUCUGUCAUUGAUACCUUAUUUCAGGAUUUGUCGGAUAAAGAAACGAUUGUAGGUAUGGAUAGCAAUCCAGUCGCCUUCAGUCGACUGACAAGCAUCAAGGAUGAUCAAUUUGUGCCCGAGAAAUCAGAUGCAGAAAAAGAAAUGUGCAAAGAAAAUCAGAACUUAACCGUGAAGGAAAAUGUCGCUAACUGUUUGGAUGAAGGGAAGGGGAAUCUCGAAGCGUUUAACAUAACAGCAAGAGGUUCUUUCUGGCGCCAGAAAUCAUCAUGGACUCAGCUGGUCAGCGAGAAAAACAGUUCAUUCAGUAUAACUCAGAUCUUCCCAGACUUGAAUUCAAAGGAUCAUGAACCUAGAGAAGUGAACCAUGAAGAUGAUGAAGAGUAUGAUUCUACCAAGAGAGAAAGUGCAACAAGCCAGAGCAAAUGUAAGCCCAAUCAAGAUGGUUUUAGGGCAAUUGCAGUCACCAAGGAUACUAGCUCAGAUGGUGUUCAACCAAAUCAGGGCAGUGAUGAAACAAAGAAACUGCUGAUUGGGGCAACCCGGGCAAGUAGCAGAAUCGGUGAAGAUGGUUCUAGGGUUGUUGGUAUCGAUGAGGAUAGUGUCAUUCAGAAAAGCCCAGAUGCCUUGGAAACAGUCGUCGCCAAAGAACCUGGUUCAAUCAAGAGCCCGCUGGCGGGUGAAGAGGGCGGAACUUGUUUGUUCAUGAGGUCUGGUGCUUCUUUGAAAGCGUGGGCGGAUGCUAAGAAGAAGGUACUGUCCGUUUCGGGGAAGGGAAAACCCCGAGAUCAAAGAUAAUAUGUUUCAUGCAGGCAUCAGAUUCUUUGAAGCAUGUGGGAGGAGAUGAUUUGGGGAUUUCUACGAUCGAUUUUGGACUGCUAAGUUUGCUUGAUUACUCUUUUAUUUCUUUGAAACAUUUAUCAUCUUUGAGCUGGAUUUCGGCCAUGUUGCCUGCCUACCUCGAUAUGGCCUUGGAUGCGAUGUUUAAAACUAGACGAUCAAUAUAAAAUCCUUGAGAAUUUAAUAACGCAAAUUUGGAUA